CGCAAGUGAUAUCACAGGGGCGAUAAGAAAUUAUGUGACAUGUGUACAUAGCCAUCAAGAGCCAUUGGCUGGAGUCACAGCGUUGAGGUUUUCACCAAACGGCAAGACUUACAUCACGCUAUACACUCUCAGAUACGCCACACAGCUCUUGAUUCUUUUCGUUAUACAAUUUCCAGGACGGGAGUUGGCCUGCGGUAUGCAGAGUGGUAUUUUGUGGAUUCUAAAUCCCAGUACCCUGGAUCCAGAGGAUCGAUUGCCGUUCAAGCAUUCAUCCAAGUCGCUUCUGGACAUCGUUUACUCGGAAAAAUCGGAUUUCAUGGCAUAUAGGGAUGAUAACAUGACUGUUGGAGCGUACCAUUACGCGGCAUCAAGCGCAGAGACUGGCGCUGAUCUAGCAGUUUGGAACUUUCUGGGCAAAUAUCAAUCUCACCAUUUGCCAAUUAGAGAAGUUCUAUUCGGACCACCCUUGAGCGGAGGGUCUGUACCCCGUCUGUUUACUCUUGCAGAGGACUGUAACUUUAUUGAGUACGACCUGGAGAACAGGUGCAAUUUGCUUCUACGCAGAGUUGCCGACGUCACAAAUUCAAACUGUUGAACGACUGUACGAAACUGAUUCAAGGAACGUACCUUGGUCCGUCUUCCGGGGCUCCAGUAGCCAGGAUAACAGUAAGAACUUGAUAAUUAUGGUUUUAACGAAAAACGCUGUGAUUUAAAUCAUUCUUUGACACGGUGCAAACACAGUUUUUACCGACGAGAAACAUGCACAAUCAGGCCUACAUGGUGUUUGCUACCGAUACUCAAAUCGGGUUGCAGCUGCUUCCUUUCGACGGGAAUCCCUUCAUGGUCGUGGGAAUUGUUGGUCACCCGCAAAUGAUUACCCAUAUGAUGCUCAGUUGUUGCGGUGAAUUUCUCUUCACUCUUGGCUACCGAGAUCCAUGCGUUUUGAUGUGGAAGAUUCAUCCGCGCGCUGUCGACAUUAUGGCUAAACUAGGUGGUUCUAGUCUCUCCCCGUUUUACUGCCUUAUUGACGGAGGUCAGGAUGGCUGGCUGUUGAAUGAAAUGCAGGAUCUAUUUUAUUAUGCACAAAUAUUGCAUCAAGGAGAGAAUACAACAGCUACUCGAAUUGUGUCGGAUAAAGUGUCAAUUACGCAAUUGCCAAACCUAAUGCGAGCUGUUGGAUACUAUCCUAGUGCCCACGAGCUGGAAGAGCUUAUGACAGAGGUGGUUUCUAAGAAUUACGCAAAAACUGGGCAGCUGGUUGAGGAAAUCACAUUUGAAGAGUUUGUCAAAUUGUACGUAAAUCAUCGCCCCGUGUUCGGUACGUCUAUGCAGCAGAUAAAGAAAGCCUUUGCGGUAUUUGGUAAACCUGAAAUGGAGAAUAGUCCAAUCAUUACCAGAGAACAGUUUAUAGAAAUUCUAACUGGGCAUGGAGAUCGCAUGAGUACUGAACAGGCUUACAAAGCCCUCAGUCUUCUGAUGCCGGUGGAAGAUGAAUCGGAGAACGAUGCUGCAGAUAUCAAUUUCUCGUUUUUACCCGCGGAUAUAUCUUACAAAGAUUUUGCUGUGGAAAUUUUGGGCAUCGAACCCACUGCGGAGACGAAUAUUAUUUCAUCGGCCAAGGAUACUCCACAUUGA